AUGAGCGGCGCCCUGUAUGAUUUCCGCUAUGCCCUUCUGACAAGCCGGAGCUUACUAGUAUUAGGUCACAUAUCGCUUAUUGAGCCGCGCGCUCAAAGUGCACGCCGACCGAGCCAAACAGUAAGCUCUGUGUUCGCAGCAGCAGAAUUCGGAUGUGGAAUUGACGCUGACGAUCCGUUGCAAAGUAUCCUUUUUGAAUUCCACCGCAACGAGAACGCGAAGAAGCCACAGACCGUCCACGCAACCUACGUCAUCUCCGGUAUCCAGAAAGCGCCCGAGCCGGCCAGUACGAACGACCAUGCGGACGAUGAAGAUGAGAUGAUGCAAAGUAGUCCCUACUUACCCAGCUCAAUACCGAACCAGGAUGCAUCCUCGGACUCGAUUCGGACUACCUCCAUUGUGUUGGCACGCGAGGAAGACCUGGAAGAUGCAAAAUCAACAUUCCAAUCGAUAUCUACAAUCCAUGUCUACAGUCUUGAGUCUGCAGCUCUGCCGGAUCUGAAUGUGUUGGUCGAUGCCAAUCGGGAGAUUGCAAGUACACACGGGCAGGACGAUCCAUUGGAGUGCGGGAAGCAAUGGGGCAUGAUCCAAAGUCGGAACGUCAAGCGGAGAACUGGCGCGCGUCCACCGCCCCCCGCUGCUCCAACUGUGAAGGCACCGGCUGCAAAGGCAUCGAAGCCUUCGAUUGCGUCGACAGUGCCUGCUAAACGGCCGCUACAAAAGGAAGCAUCACCAGCAAAGACGGAAGCUACCAAGUCCGAUGAACCGAAGUCUGAGACAUCCUCUGCUGCCAACUCCCAGGCAUCCUCGAAGCCUUCGGGUAAAGUAGUGCCGGCCAAGCAGAAAGGCAAUCUUUUCAGCUCUUUCGCCAAGGCAAAGCCAAAGUCAAAAGCAUCAGCUCCCGCAGAACCGGCUGCACCGAGUGCAGAAGAUAUUGUCCUCGAUGAUGCAUCUGAAGAAGAGGCAGAAGAUUUGUUCCCUGAUAGCACCGAUAAAACAGCAGUAGCAAACCGCGAAAACAGGAAGGAGCGCGAGGAAAGGCUCAAGAAGAUGAUGGACGACGACGAUGAUGAUGAGGCUGACGACGAAGAAAUGCCCGAUGCCGAUGAGGAGCCACGGGAGCCCACACCUGUUGAACAACCGCCACCAUCUAAGCCAACUGAACUUAAAGAAGAAGUGACUGUGCAAGGUGGACGGCGGCGAGGCAAGCGGCAAGUCAUGAAGAAGAAGACGGUCAAGGACGAAGAAGGGUACAUAGUCACCCGGGAAGAAGCGACAUGGGAGUCUUUCUCUGAGGAUGAGCCGGUGCCUAAGAAGAAGCCCGCGGUUAAUGUUUCCAAGGCGAAGGCUGUCGCUUUGCUGGGCCUUCAGACUGGCGCUCUCCCAAAUAGAGACGACCCAGCCAUCUUGCGACGUGCCUGCCCAGACUACACCUCCUAUGCAUCAACACCUCAUGGUGGUCCCUUGAACCUUCCCUUUCAGCGACCUGCGGAACCAUGUCGGACAUUCUCAUCACCCGCCGUGGAGAAGGUCAUUGACGACAUCACUUCGCGUUUAGUCGAUAAAGACCUGGCUCAGCUCUUUCGAAAUGCAUUCCCGAAUACCCUCGAUACUACGAUUCGGUGGCAUACGAACGGAUCAACAACAUCAGGCACCAAUGCGAGGCGGGACGGCGCGCAAUGGACCGGCGCGCAGACCUUCGUCGUAACGGGUGACAUCAACGCCGAAUGGCUGCGUGACUCAACCAACCAGAUCACAAACUACCAGAAACUGGCUGCGAAGGAUAAGAGCCUUUACUCGCUCAUCCUAGGCGCCAUCAACACCCAGUCCGAGUUCGUUAUCCAGUCGCCCUAUUGCAAUGCUUUCCAGCCACCGGCUCUCAGCGGCAUCAAGCCAGAAGCCAGCAGUCAAAAGGAUACUGUGCAUCCUGCCUAUGAUGAGUCUUUUGUAUUUGAGUGCAAAUAUGAACUUGACUCUCUGGCCCAUUUCCUACAGCUAGGCACUGAGUUCUAUGAGAACACUGGUUCCACCGAGUUCUUAACCGAACGAUGGUACAAAGCGCUGCAAACUGUCCUGAAAACUAUUGAUGCGGAGUCCCAGCCCACAUUCAAUUCGCAGGGCCACUUCGUUCAAAAUCAGUACACGUUCCAGCGAGAAACCACCAUUGGCACUGAGACCCUUAACCUAGCUGGUGUUGGCAACCCGCUAAACAGCGAGACCGGUCUAAUUCGCAGUGCCUUCCGGCCUAGUGAUGAUGCUACGAUCCUAGGCUUCUUCAUUCCACCCAACGCUAUGAUGUCCGUGCAGCUCCAAAAGACAGCGAAAGUCAUCAAGGCCGCCGGUGGGCCUGCAAGUCUCGUUGCAGAUCUGCAGGAACGCGGCACCAAACUAGCUCAGGCAGUUCGCGAUCACGGUAUUGUUCAACACACCAAAUAUGGAGAUGUUUACGCCUUUGAAGUCGAUGGGUACGGGUCACGAAUUCUCAUGGAUGAUGCUAACAUCCCAUCACUACUCUCGUUGCCCUACCUCGGAUUUCUAGACAAAUCAGACCCCGUCUAUCAGAACACACGAAAAAUGAUCACGGACAAGGCCACGAAUCCGUACUACCUGGUAGGUCCGCAGUUCCACGGCAUUGGUGGCCCACACAUCGGUCUUGAGAACGCCUGGCCCAUGUCUCUACUUGUCCAAGCCAUGACCUCUGACAAUGACGCUGAGAUUAUUGGAAAUCUCAACCUCGUUCGUAACGCUAGUCUGCUCGGGCUUGUCCAUGAAUCUAUCAAUGUGAACAACAUCAAAGAAUACACCCGUCCGUGGUUUGCGUGGGCGAACUCGGUCUUUGCGCAAACUGUUCUUCAGAUUGCUGCUGAGAGGCCUCAUUUGAUCUUCGGUAUCAAUGCGAAACCUUAUACUGUCUAA